AUGCAGACAUUCAUUGGGAGGUAUGACGGUAUGCUACUUAUGAUACUAUUUGGUGCACUGCAGGUCAUUUUUAUACUUGGUGGACAUGUUUGUGUUGGAUUCCAUCAGUCCGCCUUCACAAUAAAACUAAUGGAGCUUACAGUGGAUAAAUUACCGCUUUUUCGGGGAGUCAGCCCUAAUCAUAUCGGCUUUGGUGUUGCCAAUUACCUCGGCAACCAUCCUUCUUCGAACCAGUCAUUCUGA